UUUAUUUUUGCCCUCUAUAGUCACUUGAACUUACUCAGUUUAUUGUCACAAUAGCGACAGAUACCGCAUGCAUUGACGAGUCUGUGCUAUAGCAGCAGAUGUAUUGUAUCCAGUCAUAUAAUACUAGUUUUCUACUUAUUUAAUUAGUUUCCCUGUGAGCAUUACUGUAAACCCCAAGCUUUAACGUUACUCAGGGUGUUGUUUGAACAUUUCGUUUAAGCUGACCUUCCUUCCUUUGGCCAGUGGAUGGCGCUAACAUAUCAUGCAACAGAGUCUACGCCAACGACCCACGUGUAGUCAUUUCCUGUACGGAUGGGCCUGAUCAACACACUGAAAGGUCUGUUUUGAAGUGUUUUACACGCCAUGGACGAAUUACCCGCGGACCUCAAAGCAUUUCUUCGUAACCACCCUUUUCUCCAGCUUAUAGACGACAAAAAGAUCAAAUGUACUCUGAAUGGCCACGAGUUUCCAUGCAACCUGACGGAGCUACACAAUUUCACUAAAGGGAAGAAAUAUGAGAAACUGAGUGUAGCAGCAGAGUUCAACUACAGCCAGUAUGAACCUCACGUUGUGCCAAGCUCGAAACAACCCAAGCAGCUCUUCUGUAAGCUGACCCUCAGACACCUCAACCGGCAGCCACAUCACGUCCUGAGACAUGUCAACGGGAAACGCUUCAAGAAAGCCCUCUCCAAAUAUGAAGAGUGUGUGAAGCAAGGGAUAGAGUUCGUUCCAGCCAGACUGAAACAGAAAAGGCCCAAAGAGACCAGAGAAGAGGUCAGUCGGGGGAAGCCCUCAAAACAAGGGAGUAAGUCGUGGGAACCCUCAUCCAGCGACGAUGACCACAGCGACUCAGAAGACAGCAUGAGUGACCUCUACCCUGCGACUAUGUUCACCGUAAAAAACGAGACUGAAGAAAGUAUGGCGGGGGACGGAAAUGUGGGGGAAGACGACUUCAUGACCGAUGAAGGGGAGGAAAUGGAAGUGGAUAAGCAGGUGCUGCAGAAACGGAAGAAGGAACAGGGCGGUGGUUUACAGAAGAAAUUCAGAAAAAACAACUGGAAAUCAGGGCGUAAGAAACAUGAAAAAAUUGCAAAUGGAAAGUAAAAAGCAAAGCCGCAUUCAUACAGUAUUUUUAUAACUGGUAAUUUGUCAGAGAUCAACUUCUAAGUUUGGAGUAGUAUUCCUGUCUGAGCCAGCCUGACCUGGUGAACAUCCAGUAGAGUUUUCAUAUUUUCAGCAUAUGAAAGAUUGUCCGUUUGCCAAAUUGUGAUGUUGCAAUGUUCCAAAGAGGCUGGUUUAUGUGACAUAAUGUUGACUGGAUAAGUAUUGUGUGGUUUGUCCAUGUGUGCUCGUAUGAAAUACAACUUAAUUUGGAUCUGCAAA